AUGGUUAACGUUGUGCUAGGCUCGCAAUGGGGCGACGAGGGUAAAGGUAAACUAGUGGAUUUGCUAGUUGGUAAAUACGAUAUCGUGGCCCGUAGUGCCGGUGGUAACAACGCCGGACACACUAUCGUGGUCAAAGGUGUCAAAUACGACUUCCACAUGUUGCCUUCGGGAUUGGUGAACCCAAACUGCCAGAACUUGAUCGGUAACGGUGUGGUGAUGCACAUUCCAUCGUUCUUCCAGGAACUAGAGCAGCUCGAGUCCAAGGGUCUCAGCGACGCUCGUGCCAGACUAUUUGUCUCUUCCAGAGCUCAUUUGGUCUUCGACUUCCACCAGCGUACCGACAAACUCAGAGAGGCAGAGCUUUCGGGCCAAUCCAAAGACGGCAAGAACAUCGGAACCACCGGAAAGGGUAUCGGUCCCACAUACGCCACCAAGGCGUCCAGAUCUGGGCUCAGAGUCCACCAUCUGGUCAACGACGAACCAGAGGCCUGGGACGAGUUCGUUGCCAAAUACAGACGUCUCGUGGAGACCAGACAGCAGCGUUACGGUCCAUUCGAGUACGACACUGAAGCCGAGCUCCAGCGUUUCAAGGAGUACCGUCAACUACUGAAACCCUUUGUCGUGGACUCCGUGGUGUUCAUGAACGACGCCAUGCGUGCAAACAAAAAGAUCUUGGUCGAAGGUGCCAACGCGCUGAUGUUGGACAUCGACUUCGGUACUUACCCAUUUGUCACAUCCUCCAACACUGGUAUCGGAGGGGUGUGCACCGGCCUGGGGCUACCUCCAAGAGCCAUCGACGAAAUCUACGGUGUAGUCAAGGCUUACACCACCAGAGUCGGAGAAGGUCCUUUCCCAACCGAGCAGUUGAACGAAUUUGGUGAAAAACUGCAGGAGAUCGGUGCUGAGUACGGUGUCACUACUGGCCGUAAGCGUCGUUGCGGUUGGCUAGAUUUGGUGGUCCUCAAGUACUCCACCUUGAUCAACGGUUACACAAGCUUGAACAUCACCAAAUUGGACGUUCUUGACACAUUCAAAGAGAUCCCAGUGGGUGUGUCUUACUCCCUAAGAGGUAAGAAGCUAGCUUUGUUCCCCGAGGACCUCAUCACCUUGGGUAAGGUUGACGUUGAAUACGUUACUCUACCAGGCUGGGAACAGGACAUCACUAAGAUCACUGAAUACAACGACCUUCCAGAAAACGCCAAGAAAUACUUGAAGUUCAUUGAGGACUUUGUGGGUGUUCCAAUCGAGUGGGUGGGAACCGGUCCUGCCAGAGAAAGCAUGCUUUACAAGCAAGUUUAA